AUGGCCCCGCCCGUCCACAUCUUCCGCCCGCCGCCGCACCCUGGCCCCGGCGGGCCCGACACGGACGCCGCCCAAGCCAUCUCGCACCUCUUCCAGGCCGGCGGGCCGGGCACGACCGUCUUUCUCGUGCCCCGCACCCUCUACACCUUCUACUCGUCGGUCGAGUUGCACCACCCGGGCACCACCAUCGCAACCCACGGCUUCCCCUCGUUCGACAGCGGCGACCAGGCCAUCGUCGAGACGCGCGCCGACAACGAGUCGGUCGCCGUGCGCAUGAUCAACCUCGACCGCACCGCCGUCAAACGCAUCCACUUCCGCGGCUGCAGGGGGUGGGGCCCAAAGGCGCCGUCGGACGAUGAGAAGGAGCGGUGGAAGCGCGAGGGCCGCAUGGGCUGGCUCGAGGGAGGAGGGCCGCUCGUCGUCAUGGGCGGGCCUCAGGCCCAGGAGCAGAUCCUCGAGGGCUGCAGGCUCGAAGACCCUCGCGGCUGGACCGGCGUCCAUCUCGUCGACUUUGCUCAACGGUGCCGAGUCGUCGACAACAUCGUCGGGCCGUGCGGGCAGCAAGCUCCUGGACCUUGGGCUGACGGCCUCAGCAUCGCCGGCAAGGACUCGAUCGUCACUGGAAACACUGUCAUCGACGCGACCGAUGGCGCCAUCGUCCUCUUCUGCGCUCCCGGCACCGUCUGCUCGAACAACACGAUCAUCGCUCGCACCCGCAACGUCCUCGGAGCCAUCAACAUGCGCGUCCUCACGCUCUCGGUCGACGACUUUCCUUUCGACCGCAACUUUGAGCAGACGCGCGUCAUCGGCAACACGAUGAAGACCGAGGGCGCUUUCAUUCGUGUCGGCAUCGCGUGCGGGCCGACGAGCUGGAGCCCGUGGGGUCCAGGUCACACGCUCGUCUACGGCGGUCACGUCCUGCACAAUUACUUUGGGCCGGGCCAGUUCGGCUACGGCAUCACGCUGUCGGGCACCAAGAACUUUACGAUCCAGGGCAACUCGGUCGUGCCCGGUACUCGGUUCGCCGGCUCGACGCACCGCUUCUACCCGAACCUCAUCACGGCCCCGCCGUCGGCCUUCGUGCGCCAAUGGCCCGACCGCGGGCGCGUCAUCGACUGCGACGUCCUGCAGCCCGAUUUCGUCGAGGGCGACCUGCAGUGGGUCAUCGGCAUCGAGCCCGAGGUCGGCGACAAGCUCAUCUACGAGGGCGGCCAGGUGUCGCUCGACGUGCGCGGCAUGUCGCGAGCCGGCGAGGGCGGCAUCGCGCUCAAGGGCGCCCGGUGGGAGGUCGGCCGCCGGGGCGAGUUCCUCCUGCGCCGCGUCGAGGGCGACACGGACCAGUUCGGCCAGGGCGAGUACGGCCGCGGCAAGGUCCUGUGGUCGAGCGGGUCGACGACGAGCGCGCACGACGUCGAUGAGCCGCAGCUCGACUUUGCGCUCGACGGCUCGCUCGCGGUCCGGAGCCACGGCGGCAAGGGCGACACGCUGUGGGACCCGACCUCGUACCUCGCACCGUACCUCGCGCACCUUCCUCCUGCGCCGUCGCUCCCCGACCCGACCGAGCCGACGCCGCCCGAGAAGUGGGCGUCGCACCCUCGCCUCAUCCUCCAGAACAAGCAGCCGUACCUCCAGCUCCGCCACCGCGACCUCGGCCUCGUGUACUCGACGAGCUACGAGUGGUCGUCGCAGGACGGGUGGGAGCUGCGCGCCGGGCAGUGGCUCGCCGUCGCGCCGCCCGAGCUGCGCGGCACGCUCGAGCCGCACGACGUCGACGACGGCGUCGCUCCUCCUCCUCCUUCCUCCUCGGCGCCGCAGCGGCCCGACGCUCCCAAGCAGCAGCACAGCCACGGCUUUGGCCGGUUCGUGCGCGACAUCGGCCAGUCGCUCCAGCAGCGCGGCAUCGACGUCGGCUCGUCCUUCCCCAACAUGAGCCGCUCGCCCGGACCCGGACCCGGCGAGGGUCCGCCGCCCAUCCCUCCUCGCCCCGACUCGACCUCGACGUCGUCGACGUCGUCGGCGUCGUUCAAGCCGACGUGGCUGUACCUGUCGCCCGAGACGUCGCAGCUCAUCCUGCACUCGUCGCCGCACGGGCCGACGUCGCCCGCGCCCGAGCACGUGCACUGGGCCGUGCCCAACCCGCCCGUCCAGCCUGCGCCCAAGAACGCCUGGCUCGCGUUCCAGGGCGACGGCAACUUUGUCAUGUACAGCGACGGCGGCCCGUGCUGGGCGAGCGGCACCAACGGCGAGCGCGCGGCGCACAAGUUUGUCCUGCGCGCGCACGGCGAGGCGGGCGGGCCGGCGUUCGAGCUGCUCGACAAGGACGGCGCGUUGAUCUUUACGUCGAAGCAGUAGCAGUUCUGUACAUGGCUCUCGUGCC